CUUUCUCACCUUUUGUGCAGCAGCCGCAGUCACAACACCAGCAGCAGCAUCCGUUUUACAUCUUGGGUCGUUCCCCUGCUCAGCAACAGCAACAACAACAACAACAACAACAGCCACAACAGUUUCAGCAACAGCAGCAACAGCAACAACAAUAGCAGCAACAGCAACAGUCACAACAACCGGGUAUUAUUUUUCAACCGCCAAAUUUUCUUAACAGCCCCGCGACGGUGGGACGACCUAGAAGGCUAGCUUAGCUAGGAAGCUAGGAAAGGCAUGAGGUUUAGCUAGGAGGAGCCAUGAAGUGGCGUGAGGUUUAGGAAGGAGAAAAGAAGCUAGGAAAGGCAUGAGGUUUAGCUAGGAGGAGCCAUGAAGUGGCGUGAGGUUUAGGAAGGAGAAAAGUUGAGGA